AUUAAAAGGUUUGAUUUGAGUGGUUUGAUAUGUCUCUGUCUAGAUAAUGUGGUUUUACACUUUGAUUUGUUUCAUUAUAGAACGCCUAACACCAUCUGUCCAUUUCAAAUGGAUCCAGAUUUGCAGGAGGCUUUCAAUGAUGUUCAGAAUUCCAUCUACAGAACAGCUCUGAAACUACGCGCAAUACAAAGUCUGUGCCAGUUGGAUUUGAUUGAUGUUUCUCUGAUUCAGCACAUCUUAUCAAGUGAACGGAGCCAGAGGGAAAAGCAGAUUUCUCUGAAAGUGCAGCAGCUCUCUGGAAUGCUGAAGGAUUUGUUCCAAAUGGCAAGAUUAGAAAAACCAGGCCAGGUAGAUCCAAGAGCUGCCAAAUUCACAUUGAGCCUACUAAAAGCCAUGUAUGACAGAUCUGGAACGGGUUAUAUCAAAACUAGAUCUGUUGCAGCUGCCUUGAUUGCUCUUUCAGGAGACACUCUACUUGCUAAAUACAGAGGUGGGAAGUGUACAGUUUUUUUUUUUGCAUUUUAUGCUGUUCCUGAUGGGAAGGCCUUGACUACCCAUAGUGCCCUGAGAAGUCUGCUAACAGACUUAAAUCACAUCCCAGCCAUUGUGGGAGAAAGCUGCACUCUGUCUUCUGUGGAAAUUGCUACUCACAGCUGUUUCCAAGGGGUUCUGAAUUCAGCAAUUGUUGAAGAAAAAAUAUUGUCUUGCCUGAGAUCAGAGCCUGCUCUUCUGCUGUGACUCGCUACAUGUUACAGAUUAUCAGCUUCAGAAAUAGUUUCUCACCAAGUUAGGUGCAGAGUCUGCAAGAAUUUCACCAUUACAGGCCUCAGGUAUCACUGUUUGAAGUGCCUGAAUUUUGACCUUUGCCAAGUCUGCGUUUUCACUGGCUGUCUCCGCAAACCACGUAAGAGGUCACAUCCUGUUGCGGAACACUGUGUGCAGAUGUCAGCAAAGGCGAGUGCAAAGCACUUUCACACUGUCAGGAACAACCCGUUUCAAGACCGCUGCAGAAGAAAGGAGGCUCAGAGAAGGAGGGCUCUGGAGAUAACAGAGGAGAGGCAGUUCCCUACUCACAAAAAGAUUGUCCCCCUUGCAGAACUCAGUACUUCACCAUUCCCUGGACCUGAAAACCUGUCUCUCCCAGUGGACAGACCUGUCCUGGAGUCACCCAUGUUUGUAUCUGAAAACAGAACUGUAACAUGCAAGAGUGAGAAUAACCACAAGACCCCAGAAAAAUUCACAAGACCCAAAAAUUCAGGUGAGUGAAACAUGAAGGCAAUAGCCUCUUUUGAAGCAGAUAUGUUAAAAAUGCAUGAUUCCAUCAAAAGAAUUCACAAUGAAAGCAGGUACAUGAAGAAGCAAUUCAAUAAAUGGAAGGAUGAAGUGCAAUUUCUUCACAGCUGCCAGGAAGACAAAAGCUGCAAAACAGAGACAACACUCCAAAGCUUGAGAGCAAGCCAUGAAAACUUGCAAAUGGAGCUGCAGCAAAUAAAGCAAGAUAUAAAGACAAUGUUACAGUCAACCACACAUCCUUCUUUUUCACUGUGUCAGAAUAUGAUGCCAAGAAUUCAGCAUGUCCUUCUGGAAAGGAGAAUGCAGGUUGGAUUAAAUCCUGCCCAAAUAAAGCCCACUUCCAGAACAUGUGUGGACUGGAAAGCUUUGAAUCGUCCCAACUCUGAAAAUAGAAUGCAGCCUUUAGAGACACCUGAGGCUCCUGCUACAAUGAACUUUAUAUUCUCAGAAGACGCAGUGAAGUCAGUGACCCUGCAGAGUGACAGACUUUUUAUUGGUCAGUGUAAAAAAGCAAAAGAGAAUCAAACUUAUCUGCCUGAAUUGAUGGAAAGCUCCUGCAGUGACAUUAUGGGGAAUACAGCUCUUACUCCCACUGCAAUACAGAUACCACCUGAUGAGAAGGAAGUCAGUGAGGAAGUGGAACUGCAGCAGCUAGUGAUGAAAUUGAAGGAUGCAUCGUCUCUUCAAGCCCAACCAGCUCAACAGUCAGCUUUAAAGCAGGAUUUCUUCUCUGCAGCUGAACGUGUUUGCAGAUCCUUCUCUGACCUCAUCAACCAAAUAACUGCCAGCUUGGAAGUGAUGGAAACUGCCAUUCACCUUACAGCUCCUCUGAACUAUUGA